AUGGCAGCCGCACUGAUUGACUCAGUGCUCUCCCUGCAGUGGCCGUGCCCUCCACCGAGCCCCCUGACGGCUCUGCUCUGGCCCGAGCACCCUUCUCCUCCCCCACCCAUCCUGCCUAAACCAGCCCCUCACCUGCUGCCUCUCCCAGCGCCGCCCACCCACCUCUUGCUUCCUCCACUCCUCCCCCGCCCCAGAUGCAUCUUGCCUGUGGAUCUGUUGGCAUCUGUCCACUGUGGAGGCACCAUGAGGACAGCCCCAGCCCCAGGGAUGUCUCCAUCCUCUGCCCCACAGUGCCCAACUCACGCCGAGGAGGAGCCGUGA